AAGACCUUCGGUGUCAAUGUGACGAAUUUUCCGGAGAAUCUACGUCUUGGCUUCCAGUUGAUGGCACCUUGACUCGGCCGUCUGUUGUUGGAAACAUAACGGAAGGGCUGGACUAUAUAAACUCUAGUAUUGCUCACUUAGGAACUCACACAAACCUGUUUCCUUCUCCCAUAUUUCCUUUCCUUUCUCCUUCCUUCUUUUGACCGACAGUCGUUCUCGCUACGCUCUCUUAUUCAGCGCGCCGAACCGAAAUGUCUUAUCUGAGUUCCCUUCGCUGCAACGCUGCGCUGUUCGUUGCGCUGUCUCUCCUGACCAGCGUCCGCGCUCACGGAUACGUGGAGACUUUUGUUUAUGGUGGAACAAACUAUACUGGUUACCUCCCGUACAACGACCCCUACAGCAACCCGGUCCCAGAUAGGAUUGAGCGUGUCAUCCCCGGUAACGGUCCUAUUGAGGACGUCACCAGCGAGGACAUUCGUUGCAACACUGGUGGAACAGCACCUGCGGCUCUUUAUGCCACAGCUGCAGCCGGGUCCAAUGUCGAGAUGCACUGGACUACUUGGCCCACCUCGCACGCGGGUCCUGUUAUAACGUACUUGGCUCAAGUUCCCGACGGUAGCGACAUUACUUCAUGGGAACCGGGUACAGAUGCCGUGUGGUUCAAAGUGGACGAAGCUGGCUACGAAGAUGGACAGUGGGCCGCCACCGAUAUCAUGGUUGACGAGCAGGACAACGUUUGGUAUUGGACCAUCCCUUCCGGUCUCCAAGCUGGCCAAUACCUCGUCCGUCAUGAAAUUAUCGCCCUACACUCCGCCGGUACCUACCCGGGUGCUCAAUUCUAUCCCGGCUGUAGCCAGAUUGAAGUCACUGGAUCUGGUUCCGACUUUCCUGACUCGUCAUACAUGGUGUCCUUCCCUGGAGCGUACGCUGGAACCGACCCUGGUAUCACCUUCAACAUGUACACUACGUUCGACAGCUACACCAUCCCCGGACCUGCCCUUUGGACUGGUGGAUCAGGUGCUGCCUCAUCUACGGCUGCCUCCGGUGCUUCAUCGACAGCUGCUUCCGGUGCUUCUUCAACCGCCACAUCCGGUGCUACCUCCACAGCUGUCUCUGGUACUACUUCCGCUGUUGGGAGUGCUUCGGGUUAGUGGUGUUGAAUCAAGCUAACGUUCACGUGGACUAACCUUUCGUUGAGCAGCGAGUUCGACUAGCGUCUCCGUGUCUACGAACGCUGCUGUUGCGACAUCUGUGUCGGCAUCAUCCUCGUCGGCAAUUGCAUCUGCGACUUCCAUCCCUUCUUCAUCUGUGGCUCAGGUAACUG